GUCGAAAAGUUUAACAAUCGCCAAAUAAUAUCUGACGUAGGAGGGGUGAUCCUUAGCGACGCUAUUUUGCUGGAAAGAACUGCCAGCACCAACAUCGAGAGCUGAAAAAGAAUCACCACCGCGAUACCCAGCAAGCAGUCCACGAAGACAGAUAAUUUGUCAAACAUCGCCCUGAAGUGCUUCCAAGUUACCUUUUUGUAGCUUCGCUAUCCGCUUCAUCGAUCCUGAUUGCUCUCCUCCAAGCCAAGACAGCCUGCAAAGAAGCGAUACCAGCAAAGCUCGUCUUCAUCAUGCCAUUACUUUAAAAAUUCGCCGCACGGAUUUUACACAGCAAGAUGGAACGCACGAGGAUCGCAAAGGUGGACAAUGUGACUCUUUCGAGACGGGGAGAGCAAGUCCUCGGCACCCUGCAUCUCACACCUCACCACCUCAUAUUUUCGCAUACCCCGCCAGCUACAGCGGCAACCGCAGAUCAGCCGCAGGGAGAUAGUGUGGUCCCGAAACCAAAAGAGCUCUGGAUCACAUACCCGAUCAUUUCCUUUUGCACCUACAGACCAGCAGCCGCAUCUUCAAGACAACCAUCUUCGAUACGGCUCCGAUGUCGUGAUUUCACAUUCGUCUGUUUCUACUUCCCCAAUGAGUCUAGAGCAAGAGAUGCAUAUGAAAGCAUAAAGUCAUGGACUUGCAGGCUUGGUCGAAUCGAGAAACUUUAUGCGUUCACCUAUCAGCCCCCACCUCCGGAACGGGGCCUGAACGGAUGGAAUCUAUAUGAUCCACGGGAAGAAUGGUUGCGAUUGGGUGUUGGAAAGCCAGACACAAACUGUGGCUGGAGGAUAUCUACUAUUAAUCAAGAUUAUUCGUUCUCGCCCACCUAUCCCGCCCUUCUUCCAGUCCCUUCGACAAUGUCUGAUAAUACGCUCAACUAUGCUGGAAGAUAUAGAUCUAGAGCUCGAAUACCUGUUCUUACCUAUCUCCAUCCCGUCAACAACUGUUCCAUUACAAGAUCUUCGCAACCGCUGGUAGGUGUUCGUGGGAAGAGAAGCAUACAAGACGAAAAGCUUUUAGCGGCUAUUUUUUCGACAUCUCGCCCGGAGAGGCCUCUUGCGAACUAUACGCCUCCGUCAUCCUUGGAGGCUGAAUCAUUAAACUCCAGCCAGGAAGAACAACCUAAAGCUCCAGCUGAUUUUGAAUUAUCCAACGCUGAACAACUUGAAGACGAAGUGAUUUCUGCGGCAAGGGAGGAAGGUACUGCAAACCAGCCCCAGAUUUAUGGCGCGCAGCAGCACAAUCUUAUCGUUGAUGCUCGUCCAACUGUGAACGCAUUUGCGAUGCAGGCUGUCGGCCUAGGGUCCGAAAAUAUGGAUAACUACAAGUUCGCUACCAAGGCUUACCUAGGGAUUGAUAAUAUUCAUGUUAUGAGGGAUUCUCUAAACCGUGUUAUUGAUUCGCUCAAGGAAUCUGAUGUGACACCACUCGGGCCAAACCGAGAUCAGCUUGCGAGAAGCGGUUGGCUGAAACAUAUCACUGGAAUACUUGACGGAGCGGCUUUAAUUGCGCGGCAAGUGGGCUUGCAGCACUCUCAUGUGCUCAUUCACUGCUCGGAUGGAUGGGAUAGAACUGCCCAGUUGAGCGCGUUGAGCCAGUUAUGUCUCGACCCAUAUUAUAGAACGAUGGAAGGAUUCAUGGUCCUGGUUGAAAAAGAUUGGCUUUCUUUUGGUCACAUGUUUCGUCAUAGAUCUGGAUUUUUAAAUAGCGAGAAAUGGUUCCAAAUCGAGAAUGACCGAUUGGGGGGAGAUGCUAACCGUACUGGCUUUGGAGAUGCCGGCGGCGCUGGAAAAGCACUAGAAAAUGCUCUCCUCAGUGCCAAGGGCUUUUUCAACAGGGAUAACGCGAGCCGGGAUUCAUUGGGCGAAUCUGACGGGGAAACUAACGCGCUGGACUUGGAUAAUUCUAAAAAGCCUGCCUCGCGGAUAUCCACACCCGCGAACGGCGUUGAGGUGACGAAAAUCAAGGAAACUAGCCCUGUUUUUCACCAGUUCCUUGAUGCGACAUAUCAACUGCUAUACCAGCACCCCACACGUUUUGAGUUCAACGAACGCUUCCUUCGACGACUCCUAUAUCAUCUCUACUCAUGCCAAUACGGGACCUUCCUCUUCAACAGCGAAAAGGAACGAAUAGAUUCAAAAGCCAAGGAAAAGACAAGAAGCGUGUGGGACUAUUUCCUCGCCCGGCGAGAACAGUUCACGAACCCGCGAUACGAUCCUGUCAUAGAUGAUAAUAAGAGGGGCCGGGAACGGCUUCUUUUCCCUCGGCCCGGCGAGGUGAGGUGGUGGAGUGAGGCCUUUGGCCGUAGUGAUGCAGAUAUGAAUACCCCACGCAGCGGUGUAUCUCUAGAUAAAGAUUACCCUUCUGGCUCGAGGACACCGGUGCUCACUGGAGUUGAGACUGCUGAACGAUCUUUCGGCAGCUCUACAUUCGCGCAACCUACACCCAGCAAUACCACCAGUAUGCCGUCCGGGGGGAUGGCAGCCCUUGCUGCCGGACUGGUGGGCCUAGGCUUACCCACUGGCCGGGAGAGCAGCCAGGGAAAACGAUCAGAGGCGGCAGGCAAUAAGGAGAUGGAAGUAGAGAUGCAGUAAAUGGGGUAGCAUUCAUAUUAUAUUUCUAGUCUUUUUCUCCUUUUCUUUCGUUUCUAUGCUGCUGGGAGAUAUGGAUGGCGGCGUUGAAUAUAUACAUCCGUAUCAUGCGAGGUUAGUUUCUCUUGGGUUUGCAUUGGAACAUGAGACGACUGAUGGAACAACGUUUCAUUUAUUUAUUUUUAUUUCUCAGUAUUAAGAAUCAACAGGCAUAUGUAUAUAUGUCUCUUCUCUUUCUCUUUGAGGCAUUGAGACCGCAUCGUUCCAUCACAGCAUAAUUGGCAAGUUGGUCAUGUGUUUAGCAUCUCUCUUUAGCAACUCGCAACACAGAGUAAUUUGAACAAAUUUUUAGUUUCAAUGUCUAAUG